AUGCCUAAAAAACCUAAAUGGUAUGUUGUAUUUGAAGGAAGAAAAAGAGGAAUUUAUACAAGUUGGGAUGUAUGUUCUUCACUUAUUAAAGGAUUUUCACAAGCAAAAUAUAAAAGUUAUUUAACACAAAAAGAAGCUGAAGAUGUAUUUCAAAAUUAUAUCACAAUUCAUCCAAAUCCAAUUACUAAUGAAGAAAUAAUAGAAAAACGAAUAAUAAAAGAUAAUAAUAAGAAAGAUACUAUACUAGUUAAAGAAGAUAUAAUAAUUCCAUCAUUUAAUGAAGUAAAAUUACCUAGUCAAAUGAAACAAUCUAAUAACUCUUCUUUUGGAAUAAGAUUUAGUCAAAAUAAAAAUGGAUUAAUUAGAACAGAUAUAAAUGAAGUUGUAAUACCAGGAAUUCAAUCAGUAGAAUUAUAUAAAAAAGGAAUUGAAUAUUUAUUUUAUAAUCAUCUUAUUGAAGUUGGUUAUAAAUUAAUAAUUCCAUUAUGUUAUUUUCAACAAAUUCAAGUAUCAUCUCUUUUAAUUCCUCUUCAAACUAUUUAUGAUAUGAUUAUUCAAAUUGAAUAA